AAGGAUUUUUCAUGGUGAGAGUUUAUCUCCUGAAAAAUUGGGAUUGAAAAUUUGUGUGUGGUUAUGCAUCUUCCUACAACACAACACAGAUUUUGGAUCCUUGUUAUGUACUAUAAACUCUUUCUUCUAUUGAGUGCAUGUCUUCUGUUUGCUAAAUUGCCACACUGGUUUUUGUGAAAAGGAUUGUUCAUUUUCUCAAAUCUCAACUUUGAACUGAGGUUUUUUCUCAAAUCUCAAAUCAUAUAUACCCUUUAUGUUGUUUCACAAUAUUCUUUAGAUUUGGGGUAAAAGGAGGGCACAACACAUGUUUCAAUUCGUUGGUGAAUUUGAUUGAUGUAGACUUUGUGGCUACACUUUCGGACAUGCCCUCUAUCUAUUCGAUGGACGGUUCAGUGAGUGAUUGAGUGGAAUAUAUAUGAAAAUGGAAGGACCUUAUGAAUCAUCAUCUUGCAACGGAGAAGUCACCAACAGAACCCUUCAGAUCAUUAAGUAUUCUCCCUAUAAACCCUGCAUAAAACUAUCAUCUCCGUGGUUCGAUCUAAGAGUUUUUUAUGUAAGGGUUAGUGGCUUUCAGGUGGAUGAAUCCACCCCAGAAUUUUUAUCUCUCAAUCAUAUUCCUCUAUCCCCUGACACCCUUUUAGAGGUUAAUGGUGUUAGAAGCAGCAUGUACUCUGAUGGGGUGUGUUCGGUUCUCCGUAGAGACCGUGUCGAUAAGAAAUCCGAAGAAGCUAUCUUUGUGAGCACAGAUAGCAUACGUUUGACGGGAAGCAUAAAGUUCGAGGUCUAUGAUAAGGAGCUUUGCAUUCUCUCUGGGGUUUUGGAGAUGUCUAAUAGCAAUGGUUUUGUUGGUGAAUCAAGGAACAACACAAAGAAAUGGAGCAUGAGUUGUGAAACACAGAUGAAUGCUAGCAGUGGAUUCUUCAAGGGAAAACAUGUUGCAGCUAUUUCUGAAUUAGCUUGUCCUGAGAUUGAGGUUUAUGUUGCUGGAAGCUUCUCUGGAAAACCAAUAAUCUUAACCAAGACACUGCAGCUCAAUUGCAGGAAGAAGCAUAAUAGGAAGUGCAUGUUGGAUGCUAUUCCAGAAUAUGAAAGUACUGAGUGUAAAAAAGAUGCGGCUGAUCAAGGACUCGAUUUGCAGGUAUCUGAAUACAGAAGCUUCAAACCAGAACAAGAAGAGGAUUACAACAACUUAUAUUGGCAAAGAACAGCAUAUUUAGAUGGAGAAGAUGGUGAACUAUCAUGGUUCAAUGCUGGUGUUAGAGUUGGUGUUGGAAUUGGUCUUGGAAUCUGUGUAGGGGUUGGCAUAGGUGUCAGCCUAUUAGUUCGCUCAUAUCAAACAACUACAAGAAAUUUCAAAAGGCGUUUCAUAUGAUAAACUCUUUUUAUAUUAGUUGAAAAGAUUUGUGUGCUUCUAUAGUUCUAAGGUGACUAGUUCUUCUCCCUUUGUUUAGCUGACAAUAAUCCCCCCCACCUAAAUAAUAUCCUCUCCACCCACAAUUUUCCUUUUUGAAUAGGUUUUGUAUCCCUUUACAAGCUUUUAAGGAAACAUUUUUGUUUUGUGUAGAUGCUCAACUUUUGUUAUUAGGGUCGGAUGACAUUUGUGAUAUGAUUGCAAUAUUUUGUAUCUUUAAGCAGAAGAACACAGCUGUAUGAAAUUCCAUUUUCAUGUAAAUGAUCAAAUGCUUUCCUACUUUGGAAAA